AUCAACGCGGAGAGCGCCGUACCCGGCCUAGCGUGCCGUGCGGCGGCGUGCCUGUCCGCGCGCCCGGCGCCUCAGCCGGCCCGCCAUGAGCGUGCCGGAGGUGGAGGCGCUCGUCUCCCACAAGUACGAGAUCAAGAGGCGCCUGGGCAAGGGGGCUUAUGGCAUUGUAUGGAAAGCAAUCAAUCGCAGGACAGGAGAAAUAGUUGCUGUUAAAAAGAUUUUUGAUGCUUUCAGGAACAGAACAGAUGCUCAGAGAACAUUUCGAGAGAUCAUGUUCCUACAGGAAUUUGGAGAACAUCCAAAUAUCAUCAGGCUGCUUGAUGUUAUCCAAGCUCAGAACAACAAGGACAUCUACCUCAUCUUUGAAUCCAUGGAGACAGAUUUACAUGCUGUGAUUAAGAAGGGGAAUGUGCUGAAAGAUAUCCACAAGUGUUAUAUUCUCUACCAGCUCCUGAAGGCAACCAAAUUCAUCCACUCAGGAAAUGUUAUUCACAGAGAUCAGAAGCCUUCAAAUAUCUUGCUGGAUGCAGACUGCUUUGUUAAAAUUUGUGAUUUUGGGCUGGCCCGUUCUUUAUGUCAGCCAAAUGAGGAUCAAGGCAACCCUGCUCUAACAGAAUAUGUGGCAACACGCUGGUACCGAGCCCCCGAGAUCUUACUUUCCUCUCAGAGUUACACUAAAGGUGUAGACAUGUGGAGCAUUGGCUGUAUUCUGGGAGAGCUGCUACUUGGGAAACCUCUUUUUCCUGGAACAUCAACAAUAAAUCAAAUAGAGCAGAUCUUGAGGGUCAUUCCUGCCCCAUCCCCAGAAGAUAUUUUGGCUAUGCGAUCAGAUUUCAGGGCCUCAGUUAUUAACUGCAUGAGUUCCCGGCAGCGAGUAACAUUUGAGGAGAUUUUACCAUCCUCUACUCCAUUGCCUGCCUUGGAUCUUCUGAAGAAACUUCUAGUAUUUAACCCUGAUAAACGACUUACAGCAGAGGAGGCUCUGCAGCAUCCUUAUGUGAAAAGGUUUCACUGUCCUGCCAGGGAGCCCUCUCUGGAUUAUGAUGUGAUUCUUCCUUUAGGUGAUGAUAUCCAGCUGUCUGUGGAAGAAUAUCGAAAUAAAUUAUACGAGAUGAUUGUUGAAAAGAAAUUAAAUAGCCAUCCAAAGGAGCAAGUGCAGAGAGAAGACAUUCAACUAUGUCAGUCUGAAUCCAGGCCACUUCUUCCAAAUUCCAGUUCUGUGGCUUUACCUACCAGCAAUGGCCAGAGAGAACCGACACCACCUCUUCUAAAAACUUCGCAUGUGCAUGCUGGAACUACAACUAGUGUCCAGCCAGAAGUAUCGAGCCGGAGUGAAGAUUUAGCAAGAACUUUAUGUCAGAGAUCAAAGAUCAAUGUGAUAUACAAUCCCAUAACACACACUGCUGUUCAAAGUAAUGCAAAUUCUGGUGCUGUGAUCAGGAACUGUUCUGCACCACCUUCUCAACAGGCCAGACUCUCCAACAAUAGGAAACUGGGGAGACAAAUCACAUGGGCAAACACAAAUGCUCGGCUACCUCCUACAAGUGUACAGAACCUUUAUAAUAAUCCAAGAAAUACUCAGUUUCAUAGCAAAGAUGUUCAUCCCCUUCUGAAGUCCAGUAAAAAGAUGUUCCAGAUUACUGCGAAUAUGGGAGCUGCUGGUGAUCCAAAAGCAUCAAUGGGCAGUUAUUCCCAGGCCUAUGGAACCAUACGUAAAUCUGCACUGCAGAGUCUUCCAAUAUCAAAAUUCUCCCAACAACACGAGCAGUGAAUAUGGAAGUGUUCUAACCAGGUGAAGUACAGCUCAGCGAAUCAGUCCCCUUACUGAGCCAGUAACAGCAAGCGAGAGCAAACUAUAACAGGCAUUUGACAGUUACCCCAGCUGAAGGGAAAUGCUUGAUUCAUUUUGCAUGGAACAAUAUACUGCUUUCCUCUGGACAGACCAACAAGAAAGAGAAUCUAAUCCAUUUGCCUUUCAGUCUUACCAGACAAGAGCACAGCACUAUUUGCUCCCAGACUGUGAGAACAAUGAAUACAGUCAGUUUAUACUCCUUGCUUAAAUUAUUGCAAAAAAAUGACAGAAAACUGCAGUAUUCUGAUACUUGAAUGUAUUUAGACAUACUCAGACUAUUCAGGGCCUUUAGACAUACUGAGACAUAUUCAGGUCCCAUGUGAAUCUCAUGAGGUUCAACAAGGCUGAGUGUAAGGUCCUGCACCUGGGUCGGGGCAAUCCCCAGUAUCACUACAGGCUGGGCGGUGAAGGGAUUGAGAGCAGCCCUGUGGAGAAGGACUUGGGGGCACUGGUGGAUGAAAAUUUGGGUAUGUGGCAGGACUGUGGGCUUGCAGCCCACAAAGCCAAGCGUAUCGUGGGCUGCAUCAAAAGAAGCGUGGCCAGCAGGUUGAGGGAGGUGAUUCUCCCCCUCUACUUGGCUCUCGUAAGACCCCCCCUGGAGUACUGCAUCCAGUUCUGGUGUCCCCAGUUAAAGACAGACAUGGACCUGUUAGGGCAGGUCCAGAGGAGGGCCAAGAAAAUGGUCUGAGGGCUGGAACACCUCUCAUGAAAAGCAGCUGAGGGAGUUGGGGUUGUUCAGCGUGGAGAAGAGAAGGCUCCGAGGACACCUUAUUGCGGCCUUUGAAUUCUUAGAGGGGGCCUGUAAGAAAGGUGGAGGGACACUUUAUACCAAGGCCUGUAGUGACAGAACAAGGGGCAGUGGUUUUAAACUGAAAGAGGCUAGGUUUAGAGUGGACAUAAGGAAGACUUUUUUUUUCGAUGAAGGUGGUGUUACACUGGACCAGGUUGCCCAGAGAAGUUGUGCAUGCCUCAUCACUGGAAGUGUUCAAGGUCAGGUUGGACAGGACUUUGAGCAACCUGAUCUAGCAGAUGUCACUGCCCGAGGCAGGGAGGUUGGACUAGAUGAUCUUUGAAGGUCCCUUCCAACCCAUUCUAUGAUUCUUUAGCAGUUUCAGGUGCACUGCGUAAAUGUGGAUUUUUUUUUUUCUUUCACGCUGAACAGGUACCUAACUCUUCUCUGAAGACCAAGGCUAAACUCUUCACAUAUAAUCUUAAAGCCCUUCAUUUUGUCUUCCAAUAAUAUCUAUGACUCAUCUGAGGUAAAUGAACAUAAUCAAUGGUGGCUUAUUUUCUUUAAAAUCAAGUAGAAAUGCCUUUUAAUUAUAGGUGGGUUCCACUACAAUAUUUAAUAGCUUACCUGCCGUGUAAUGUUGUAAAACUGUAGAUAUUGUGAUAAUAAAUACUUUAUAUUGCACUACAGAAAAUCUUUCUCUUUCAAUCAAUGCUUGCUGUGUGUGAAAGGGAAAAAUACAAGGGUAUCUUUUUUGAUGAAUAAUCUGGUAAUUUUUUUUUUCUUUCAGAAGGCAAUGUUCCAAGGGAUACUAUUGCUGAACCAUCAUUAAGUUGUUAUCAGGCAACAGUGGGACGAUAGUAAACUUUAAAAAUAUAUUCCUGUUUUAAUGCUGAUUUUUGAUCCAUUCUCCUCAUUAACUUGAAGUUCUUAUAAGAAGUGUCUGUCCCUGAAAUUUUACUUCUCCUAUGAUAAAUGAUUGUUAUUGCAGAACAUUGGACUACAGUUAGAGACGGGAUUCACGCUCUAAAUUCCAACAUGUGAGUACCACUGCCAUUGACAGCAUAUCCAUUUUAACUUUUAGUACCUAAACACCAAAGACUAGUUAAGUAAAAAAAUAGUUCGUUCACUUCUGGUACCAAGUGUGGUCACAGAAUCACAGAAUGGCAGGGGUUGGAAGGGACCUCUGGAGAUCAUCUUGUCCAACCCCUCUGCUUGAGCAGGCACACCCACAGCUGGGGCCACAGGAACACGUGCAGGCGGGGUUUGAAUGCCUCCAGGGAAGGAGACUGCACAACCUCUCUGGGCAGCCUGUUCCACUGCUCUGGCACCCUCACAGGAAAGAAGUUUUUUCUCAUAUUGAGGUGGAACUAUCUGUGUUCCAACUUGUGCCUAUUGCCCCUUGUUCUGUCAUUGGGCACCACUGGAAAGAGUCCAGUCCCAUCGUCCUGACACACACCCUUU